AUGACUAACCGUCGCGAGAGAGUGAUCGCCCCAGCUCUCGCUGGUCACAGCACUGGGUCUCUGGCGAUACCGCCCAGGCGGAGGAACGUAUCCAGGGCGUGCAGGAAAUGUCAGACCAAGAAAACCAAGGUGCGGAGUGCCUCAGCUCCCCUCCGUGAUAUCUCCUCGCUAGCAUUGGCGAUUAAUCCCGACCAGUGCACCGGCGGUGUCCCGUGUCAGAGAUGUCGCGAAAAUAACGACAUUUGUAUCGUGGAUGAAGAGGCCGACGAACGUCGAAAGAUCGUCCUGAAACGUCGACUCGAGUCCCUGGAGCACGACCGGAAAUGUUUCCUAAGACUCGUGGAAAUAUUACAAGAUAGGGAUCGAACCAACAGCUCCAACAUCAUCAGUCUGAUUCGUAGUGAUGCGGCGUCGUUGGAAGAGAUCCGUCUGCGGCUGGCAGUGACGCACCCUUCCACCGGUUCUUCUGGAAGUCCGUCGAUGUGCGAACAGAUUGACGGAGACGGAAUCAGUCGACAGGAGUCAGUGCCGAGCACCCGUCGAAAGAUAAUGGAUAUCAAGCGGUUGACGGACAGCCCACUGUACCGUGUUUCGGCCCAUCCAUGGACGUCCGUCACCCAUGAUAAUGACUUCGUGUCACAUCUCGUCUCAUUGUAUUUCUCCUGGGAUCAUCUGGUUCUGAAUUGGAUUGAUCGCGAUCUUUUCAUCAGGGACAUGCAGUCCGGAAUGCUGAAUUCUCAAUUUUGUUCUCCUCUCCUAGUCAACAGCGUUCUGGCAGUUGCUUGUUUCUACUCGGACUGGCCUGAAGCAUUCACCAUCGACGGCGAUCCAACCUCCAGAGGUUUCCAUUUUCUUGCAGAAGCAAAAGACCUGUUGGCCCGGGAAGAGGGCCGAGUCAGUCUACCGACCUUGCAGGGUCUAGGCUGCAUAUAUACCAGCACCUGCAUCAUCGGUAAAGACCGGCUGGGUUGGAAGUAUUUGGUGGAAAUUGGGGACUGCGCCCGGCAACUCGCAGCUCGACGGUCGCGUCUCGUCGCAGAGGCUAGAGACAAAAUGCAGAUGGAUCGAGCACUGAAUACUGCGGUCUUUGGCCUGUUCAGUCUUACUCCGACCGCAGCGCUGACUCUACAAAAACCACCGGUGAUGAAGAAACCGAGCCUUGAUCGCAAACACUCUCCUGGAGACCACGAUCCCGGUGAUACCUGGGUUUCCUAUCCGAUGCGGACGGGGCCGGUCCCGGCACACACGAACUGCGUCACCAAUGCGCUAUUCGAACUGCAGCUGAUAGCGUGGGACAUAUCAAAUUAUUUGUUUGACGAGCCGCAUCCGUAUGCAGACGUGGAGGCGAUGGUUGAUAGUUUCCAUGAUCGCUUAGAGCGGUGGUCCUCGCGAAUCCCCCAAUGUAUCAGUGUUGGCCACGAGACGACCCCCGCAGCGAUGGAUAUGCACAUGAGAUACCACGCCAUCGUCCUGACAAUCUUUGGUUUUCUCCGUAACCAACCAGACAUGUCUGAGCCAGUCAUCUCAAUGGAGCGUGCUCGAUAUCUGCGUAACUCCUCUGCACGACACAUCCACGAUAUCAUCCAUUCGUACCGGUCACAGUGGCCGAUGGACUGCAUGCCGAUGAGCUACAUGCAGUACGUCACCGUCGCAUUGUUCACACUGCUGGAGGACCCGCGGGCGGCAGAGAAUCAUGCUGCCCUUGUCGAUCUGUGUAGUGUGCUUCAUGCGUUGGCGUGUCGUGCGCUUCUCCCGAAAGGGCUGCUGCGUCUUGUACAGCUCACCGCUCAGCAGAAGACUGGUCUUCCCCUGGAAAUGCACAAUCUGUUCCGGGAUUUCGAAUCCGAACUCUGGACUGCCGAUGAUCGUGCGCGGUUCAGCAGUUUGUACCCGAAUUUCGCUGUCACCGUUCAGGGGGGGGAAGGCGAGGCAGAACUGGAUGAGGUUUUGGAGAAGUGGGAUACCUUGAGUUUUGAAUCAAGAGGCAGGUGA